UUGGAGGUAGACUGAGCGCAUCUAUAUCGAUUCCAGGCAGGCAAUUGUCAGUCAACUUUUGUCGUCCAUCGUUGCUGAGCAAAAGCGAGGAGAUCAGGCAGUCGAAACUGACCUGUGUAGUCUAUGGUCUGGUGCAUGCUGUUGGAUCGAUCCUGUGUCGUCGUUUUGUCAGCUUAUUCUUGUCUGGUGAGAAGACGAUGUCGAGUUCUUUGGAUCGAUCUUUGUCCGCCAGAAUGUGGCGUGGCUUUUUUAUAGGACCAUGCACUGCACCUGGACCCGUUUACCCCUGAAACAUGGCUCCCCUCCCUCAUUUAGACCGAACCUCAUUCCUCUGGAAGCAUCAUUAACCAAUUCACUGCGAACACACUCCCACCAUGCCGCCUAUCCAUCGCAUAGCCCAGGUUUCUGCCCACCUUCUCAAGACCACUACGACGAAAUAUCACGCAACAGCAGCACAGUUCACGUCCUCCGUGACACGCAACUACACUUCGUCUUCGGCUUCUGCUCCAUACAAGGUCACUAAAAAAGAUCGCGCCUUCUACCCCUACGCCCUCGACAUCCAAUCGCGCUGGGCCGAUAACGAUCAGUACGGCCACCUCAACAAUGCACACUACUACUCUCUCUUCGAUACCGUCAUCAACACCUUCCUGAUCCAAGAAGCCGGCCUAGAUCCACAUAAUGAUAUCCAGGGCAAUGCCAUUGGCGUCGUGGCAGAGUCAGGGUGCCAAUAUUUCAACUCCAUUUCGUUUCCGGACAUGAUCGAGGCCCGUUUGGCGGUCAUCAAGCUUGGCCGGUCCAGUGUCGUAUACCAGGUUGGUAUUUUUAAGAAAUUGUCGGCUGACCAUGCUCAUAGUGUUCCACAGGCUGCCACGCGUCCAGGCUCGUCUCCAUCGUCGGCGGGUGUGUUUUCAAAGGCGGCAACAGCCAUCUCGCAACCUGAGGAUGAGGCGAAUGUCCGCGCGGUGUUCCAUCCAUCGCAAAUCCAGGGUGAUGUUGCAGCUACAGGACAUUUCUGUCACGUCUUUGUGGACAAGAUUAGUCGGCGACCCGUCCCCAUCCCUAAGGAGAUUAGGGCAGGACUCGAGUUGCUGCAAGUCGUAGCAUAAGCACGCCCAUAGUUGAGAGAUUUCAAUCUAUUUGCAGUAAGGAAGUUUCAUGAACUAGGCGUUCAAUGCGGAAAUGGAUAUCCUCAUUGCUUCACAAUGAUAAUUUAGUCCCUCGGCCUCUCAUUCAUCUAACACCAGCUAAUGGUGGCAUUUUCGAUCAAUCGGCCUGUACCCCGCACUCUGUUCUUCAAAUAAUUAGUUCUCGAUUAUCCUUUCAAUAAACAUUGUUUUAUCAAAA